GAUCUUUGGCUACUUUCUUCUCUCUCGGCAACUGAAGGACUGCAUUAUGAACGAAAAUAUGGCGAAAUAGGCUAUUAAACGACGUGAGGACGGAGUCAGCAGCAGAACGAUUCAGAAUCUCAAGACGCAAAAGGUUUCACAGGAUCCACGAGAUUCAUGAGCAGGGCAGGACUGGUGGAUGCAUCUCUGGAAGUUAGCGGACAGAUAGUUUUACUUUUGAAGACUGAGCAAAAAUAAUGACAGAGAGAGUCAACAACUUCCCACCUUUACCUCAAUUUUUCCGCAUAAAGCCUUGCUUCUAUCAGAAUGUGGAAGAGGAGAUUCCACCGCCACAUCGUCAGUUAGUGCGCAGAGUGUACAACCUGUGGAUAUUAUACUCCAUCACGCUUUGUGUGAAUGUGGUGUCCUGCAUCGCAUGGUGGGCAGGAGGAGGCAGCGCAGUCAACUUUGGCUUCGCGCUACUAUGGCUCAUCCUCUUCAGUCCCUGCAGCUACACGUGCUGGUUUAGGCCACUCUACAAGGCCUUCCGGGCUGACAGCUCCUUCAACUUUAUGAUGUUCUUCUUCAUCUUCUUUCUUCAGUGCAUCCUUGCUCUCAUUCAGACCAUUGGGAUCGCAGGCUGGGGAGCCUGUGGUUGGUUAGCCACAGUGUUGUUCUUCAGCACUAGUGUGGGCUCUGCUGUGAUCAUGCUGUUCUCAGCAAUUCUCUUCACUGUCGUUACUGUUCUCAUGGGACUGGUGCUGAUCCGGGUCCACCGGCUGUACCGUGGGGGAGGGGGCAGCAUGGCCCGUGCCCAGGAGGAGUGGAGCUCCGGGGCCUGGAAGUCUGCGGCAGUCAGGGAAGCGGGCUUUAAUGCCAUCGCCGCCGAGUCAGGCGCAAGCCUACCUCAGUAUCCCACUUCUGUGCCAAGCUAUCCAGACAACAGACCAUGGUGAUAAUCUGUGAUGGACAGUAGAUGGCGCUCUUGCCAAAGCGCCAUAUCUCGCACACUCCUCCCUUGCAUGAACGACAUGGGGAGUCAAGUCUUGCUUAUAUCAUCUUGUUUACAUAGAAAGCCGAACUGAAUUGACUGGAUAGGAUUGUUUCAGUUAGCUCUGUACUUGAUGGAAAAACUGGAAUAUAGAUGAUUAUAAAACAAAACACUGCACAGUUUGAGGUGAUCUGUACAGACGUUGUGAUAUUUAAAUUACUUCUAUAAAGCAAAUGAAGUAUUAGGUCCAUGGAUUUCAUAUAAUAGUAAUUUACCCAUUUGUAAUGGCAGCCUUUUGUUUUUAUGGUUUGUAUAAUAAGUCUGGUUAAAUACUUUUGUGCCAUUUCUCUCAAAGAAAUAUUUUGAUCACCUUCUGUAAUCCAUGUAUCGGAUGAAAUUAAUCAGAAGCAUGUCUUAAGAGAGAGAGAGUGAAAAGGCUGGUUCUAAUGUUACGGCAAUUAUCUCUUGCCAGCUUACCAGAUUUCAAAAAUACGAUGUGAUUGGGAUGUUUUGUGUUUAAACUGAUGUUAUGAUAAAAGCUUCUUCAGCAGUCAUCUGACAGCUGCUGGAGAGUGACUUGCCUGUGCAUUGACCAAGCUUGGCCUUAUAUUUCAGUUUGUUGUACUGCAGAGCUAAAAAAAAAAUAUAUAUAUUUGCUUCACUGAUGCCUCUUUAGCUACAAGCUAUGUGCCUGACCACGCUUUGCUGCCUAUUCCUAUUUUGUCUGACAUAGUUUUAUGAUUUGUAUGGCAGUUUUAUGAAAUGUGUUGUUGCACACGUGUGUGUGAGAGUGAGAGAGACUGUGUGUGUGUGUGUGUGUGUGUGUGUUUUCCAUUUCAUAGCAUUGUGUUUACAUUGUGGCUCAGCAUUAGCCACAUAUUUUCACAAUGAUGUUUUUAUUUGCAUUUAAUAUUGUGGUUUUCUGCUCAAUUAAAAUUUACCAUGGCAGUUUAAUACUCUUUCCACUUGUCUCUAAAAAUGCAAUGGUAAUCAGCAUUUCAUGUGAUGAGAUUGCAUUUUUUCCUGCAAUGACUUGACUAAUAAUUGACAUUUCAAUAAACAUUCCUUUUCAAAUCAAA